CCAUCCAGCAUAAUAUCUUUCAUGCUUGAGACACGUUUCAAGUCCCCCAGGAGUCAACCAAGCCCGAAUGAAUGAUUCAAUCCAUCCAAUCAGUAUUACGAUUGUCAUCGCACAAAACUCCUUUCAUAAACAAAACCCCAACACAACACAACACAACACAACACAACACAAGCAAAAACCAAAAAGUACCAAACAACAACAAUGAGCGCAGCAGUUACUACUAUCGGCCUUACUCACAUGACCAACAAAGUUGCCUACCGAAGGUUUGAAAUUGAUCAAGACAAAAAACUCCGGGCACUUGGCCUAGAUGACAGCAUCAACCUGUCAAUACCCCAGGUCUCCUCCAGCCUUCGCCGAGAGAUGCCAAAGGGGCUCAAGGCGAGUGAUAUCUUUGUGAAAGUCACUGUAACACUCAGCAAGGCAGGCCAUGAACGGGGUGACGAUGAAGAAUUGGCAGCCAAGAUUGCCCAAGACUUGAAAGGGCACUGCUUCAACUCUACAUCCUUUGCCAAGUCUGAAAGUAAUGCCAAGCUUGUCAUGGAUAUUGUCAUCACAGAUGCCUCUACUGGAAGCCGUUGGGACAGAUGCUGGAAGAAUGAUUUGGGAUUUGUGAGGAUGGGAUUGAAGUUCUCAAUGUACGAUCCAAGCGAAGAAGCAUGCCCAAUCAUAAAAAUGGGCAAGAUUGUCUAUGUUGAUCCCUUAAAAGACAACAAGUUCAAGCAGCGAUGUGGCAAGAACUCAGGUGAGAGGGCUUUGCAGAAAGUUCUCCCAGUGAUUUCCAGGCAGCUGAUCAAUGCGAUCAACCUGGACGUCUCUAUGGGCAACCCAGAUUUGGCAUAGCAAAUAGUGCCCAUACAGUUUGACCUAGCUAGUCAUUCAAUAAGCCUUAGCUAUAUUACAG